AGGAAAAAGCGGCAGUUAUUGAGUUCCCUUUUGUUUGUUUGCUUGCUUUAACAUUUUUUGCUGUCUUCAUACUCGCGUGUUGUGCUGUUUGUUUCUGUCGUACCGAGUAGGCCGAAAACGCGAACACUCCAAAAGAAAAACUAAAGGAGUACAGAGACGAUGUCUUCCACGGCCAGCUCUGACAAGCCGGAGUACGAGCGUGGCGUCAAGGACGCAGCGCGCCACCGCCGCGCCACGGAGGAGAAUUGGAUCCGCCCCACCCUCGGCCCCAUCCUGUGGCUGGGCGUGCCGCUGCUUCUUUCGUACCUCUACCUGCGCCGUGUCACGCCUGCCGCCGCAUCCACCGCGGGUGGGGCCAGUGGCAACCCUUUCCAAAACCUCAUGGAACAGAUGAUGCCCAUCAAGAAGCGUCAGUUCCGCGUCGACGUGAAGGGCACGAAGUUCGCUGAUGUGGUUGGCAUCCCCGAGGCGAAGGCCGAGGUCCGCCAGUACGUCGACUUCCUGACGGACCCAAAUAAGUUCACCCGCCUCGGGGCACGACUGCCGAAAGGGUGCCUGCUGACGGGGGAGCCCGGCACUGGCAAGACCCUGCUGGCGAAGGCCGUCGCCGGGGAGGCGGACGUGGCCUUCUUCAGCUGCAACGGAGCUGACUUUAUUGAGCUGAUGGGCGGCAGCGGACCGAAGCGGGUGCGGGAGCUCUUCCAGGAAGCCCGCGCUGCUGCCCCGUCCAUUAUCUUUAUCGACGAGAUCGACGCCAUCGGCAGCCGCGCCGGCAAGCAGGGCGGCAGCGUGAGCAGCGAGGAGAACCGCACCAUCAAUCAGCUGCUGGCGGAGCUGGACGGACUCAGCUCGAGUGCGGACCCGAUUGUCGUGCUGGCCGCUACGAACUUUCAGGACAACAUCGACAAGGCCCUCCUGCGUGAGGGCCGCUUUGACCGUAAGAUCUCCAUUGAGAUGCCAGACCUGGCGGCGCGGCGGGAGCUGUUUGAGCACUACUUAAACCGUGUCUGCACGGGUGACCCAACCGGCCGCACCAAAGACGAGGAGGGCAACGACCUGCCUCUGGAGAACGGGGUGAGCAACAAGGCGCUGGCAGACCAGCUGGCCCACCUUACGCCCGGACUCUCACCCGCCACCGUGGCCACUGUGGUGAACGAGGCAGCGUUGCAGAGCGGGAUUGCGGGGAAGCCGCUCGUGCAGCUACCGUCGCUGCUGGAGGCGCUGGAUAACACGUUGAUGGGCCGCAAGCACCGCAACCGACAGAGCGAGCACUCUGCCCGCCGCACGGCUCUGCACGAAGCCGGCCACGCCCUCACUGCCUGGAUGCUGCCGCCGGUGCAGACGGUCCUGAAGAUCAGCAUUAUCCCGCGUGGGCACGCCAUGGGCUACACGCAGCGCGCGGGGACCGAGUUCCACGAAUACCAAACCAACGCGACGCUCUUUGCGGAUAUGGUGGUGAUGUUAGGCGGACGGGCGGCGGAGGAGGUGCUGCUGGGCAAUCCGUCUGCCGGUGCGAUGGACGACUUGCAACGUGCGACGGACAUGGCGCUGAAGCAGAUGCUGGCCUUUGGCAUGAGCACGCACACGGGGCUGCUCUCGUACCACCCAGAGUACACGCAGGCCGGGCGCGACUUCACCAUCUUCUCGAAUGAUGCGCAGCACCGGGCCGAGAUGGAGGCGCAGCGCCUGGUCGCCGCCGCGCACCAAGCAGCGGUGAAGAUCAUCACAGACAACAAGGACAAGAUGCUCCGCAUGGAGGAGGCACUCAUGGAAAAGAAGGAGCUGACGACGAAGGAAGUGGAGACGCUGUGGGGGCCGCGGCCCACGGAGCCGAGCGUGGAGGCGCUCGUGCAGGAAGUAAUCAAAGUCACAGGGAGCUACACCGAGGAGUCGUCGUCGUCGUCAUCACGGCUGCCGUCUGGAGCAUCGCCGGCCACGGCGUAA